ACAUGUGUCGAGAUAUAGGCAAUAUUAUUUUUAACAAAAAUAUGUGUUGUUUAGUGUUCUAUUUUCUAUUUUUUUUAUAAAAGUUUAAAAUAAUAAAUAACUAUUAUUUACUUCAACAUAAUAUACUCUUUAUUGAUUGUAGUUAUCGUAAAAAACACAACACAGUCUUAAUUUGUAUCUAUUUCAAGAACACACUAAUUAACAUAGUAUAAGUUAUGAUAAUUAACGCAUCGUGGUUUACUAUGGUGCGUUAAUUAACACAUACAUUAGAAAGUAAAACCAUCUGUCCUAAAUCGAAUGUUUAAAUUGACAGUGGUUUCAGUAGCUUCGGUAUGUUCGGAUCGUUCUUUUAAUUAUGAUAUGAAAAGAAAGGCUAAAUGCAUUUAAAAAAUAAGGAUUAUAAACACAGUGUUUUUACGUUUUAAAAUUCACACUGAGCUUGCUCGUUUCCUAUUUAUUGACGUAAGUUGACACAAGCAUUAUUUUUUUUGUAUUCAAUGAGUAACAAAAAUAGAACGACGCUAAACGGAAAGUAUCCAUUAAACAUAUUCAUGUAAUUAGUUUAUGAAAAAAGUUGUUUAAAUCAUAAUCUUUAAAGUCUUGUCUUAUAAUUCAUAAUAAUUUAUAUUGAAGUUUAAUCAUUUAUAGAGAUUGGCGUGUGUAUAUGAUCGCCAGACUGUGCUACAUUUAUCAAUGUUUGCAGUUUUAAUGCGACGGGAUGUAACACGUGCUUUUAUUGCUCUUUAAAUGUACACGAAUAUGCUGCAAAUGUGUUAACUGUGUAUGGUGGGGAUGUUGGAUGUAGUAACUAAGAACGUCACUCUGACAUGCGAUUUUGAUACUAUUUGUCGUUACGCGCGAUGAUUUCUACGAAAGAGCUACCAGUAGAAUUACGACAAGAAAAAACAUGGGUAGCGUUCGUAGGAGACUUCGCGAUUUUGAAGGAAUUCUUUGCGCACAAGAGGCGACGACUUUGGCACGCGGUACAAUUACUUGAUGCUUUUCUACGUGGAUUCGGACAGACAGUUUUUGCGAAUAAUCCUCUCAGCGGGCUGCUGAUAAUAGUUACCUUGGCUGCGGUAACUCCAGGUACAUUGGCGUUGUCUGCAGCCACUGCCGGCCUUGGCCUCUUACUGUCCGUGCUCAUACGAGAACCUGACGAAAUCAUAGAAAAUGGAAUAAGCACCUUCAAUCCCGUUCUGGUCGGAGCGAUAUCGUAUAUUCUGAUACCGCAGAUUUAUGGAAGCUUCGAUGCCUUCAGUUUCCUGCUCGUGUUCCUGGCGACAAUAUUCAGUGUUUAUCUCUCGCGGUCCCUGAGAAGCGAUAAAUUCCCAUGCAUAGCGUGGCCAUUUAACUUGGUGGAGUUUGCGUUGAUUUUCGCCCUCUCAACGCAGAAUGGCGCGGACAUGGUGGCCAAGUCUGUGGAUCCAGUGUUUGAAAUGCACAAUGCAACAAGUGAGACGACGACGACGACGAUGAUGACGACAACGGACGACGCCGGUCUCUUACACGAGCAGAAUGCGAGCAGCGCUUACAUCGACUGGGGAAUGCUUGUACGAGGCAGCGUUGUGUCCGCGUCACAGCUGCUCGGGGUCGAUAAUGUGAUCGUUGGCUGCGUCAUGUAUCUCGCGAUGUUGAUAUACUCUCCUAUCUCGACCGCGUUUUCGUACUUCGGCGCUCUCUGCGGGACACUCGCAGGCUUGGAGCUCGGAGCGGACAGGCAUCGGAUCUACGGCGGGUUAUGGGGGUACAACAGUCUCUUGACUGGGGCCGCUUUGGGAGGAAAUCUGUUGGUGCUGAACGGUCAAACAGCCGUCGCCACUAUCAUGGCAAUUAUUUACACUACACUUCUGCAGUACGCCAUGGAAUCGAUAUUUGUAAAAGCGCAGCUACCGGUGCUGACGCUGCCGUACGUGACGGCGACUUCGUUGUUUCUAAAAUUGAGCGAAGGCAAGGAAGAUCCAACGUUUCCGUCGCCCGUAUCGAUCACCUUCCCCGAGAAAGAGCGUCAUCGUUAUCUCGCCCGACGCGCGGCAUUUCGUGAGGAAGUUGCUGCGGAAGAACUUCAGCUCGUCACUGGGAAUGAAAGGAAGCCAACCUCGUCGGAUAAUUAACGGCUUAUCCUUCUCCUUAAGUAAUAUGUAAUUAUUCAAAGUUUACUAUUACGUAAUAGGAGGUAAUUUUAAACGUAUCGUCUUAAUCGUUUAAAAUAAUCUCCUACCUUUUUUAAAUAUUUAUACAAGUGGUGUAUUUAUGCUCGAUUAAUAAUUAAUGAUUUAGCUGGAUUGAA